AUGCUAUUGACCCCAUUGCAAUCGCGACUUGCGGCCUCUCUCGCGGGGCUGCUGGUUGUUUUGAUGCUCUACAUUCUUCUCUUCGCACCCACCGCGGCGCUCGCUCUGGAGCUUGCAGCGCCUCCUCUGUCCGACUUGACGGCCCCGGCAGAGUCUCUGCGGCUGGAUGCUGAAUCGCAUUCCUUUUACGAACCCGAUUUUGCCUUGUUUGAUCGCGGAAUAGUCGGUCGAGCCCCCGUUGAUUCGACCCCUCUACAAAACAACAUCCCGAUCCCAUUGAAUCUUGAGCCUGGUGCCUCUGCCUGUUAUGUGGUGCAGAAGAGCGUCAUCUUCAGUGGCAAUGGAAACUCGGGCUCUUCCAACUCCAAACAAGAGCUGAAAAGGGAUGAUCAAGACUUGGAGAGGCGUGCCGAUGAUGAUAAUAAUACGCCAAAUGACGACCAAGGCAGUGAUCCUACAAGAACUCUCUACCUAUCUGCAAACACCUGCCUUCAGCCACACAGCACAUCUUCGGACGCAUCAUCUACACCCCCGCAGCUCCGUUUUUUCAUCUCUACUUCAAGCAAAGAUGGAUGCCCCGACGUGACGAAACCUGCGGCCGGCGUCCAGUCAAAGGCAUUUGUAGAAGGGGCUGUCAUGUACAGCUUAAACGCAACAGGAGACGUAUACGUCACCGUUUCAGCCCCGAAUGUCACUAAAGAUUUCCAAGGCAUAUACAAUUUUGAGAUUGCGGCAUCGAUUGAUGCCUACUACUACCAAUACAACUCGAAGGAUGGCCAACUGUUAUGGAUGGACAGUGACGCCAAAUCUGCCCUGCUCCAGACAGCGGCUUUGACAAGCAAUACAAGCCAGAUUCAGUCCAUCAUGAACGCCGGUCCGCAGUACGAACUUUAUGUCCAGGGCAGUAAGGCACCGAUUUUAGACGGGCUAACGCGUUCGGUUUGUGGGAUGAAUAAUGUUGCUCAAAUUGCUUCGAAAAGACUGGAUAAUGGACAAAUGAAUAACAAUGAAUUGGUCCGAACCAAGAUGACCGACAAGGGCCCGGGUGGCUGGCCAAGACAACAAUACUACUUUGAAGGACUCAACUCCAGUUCGUCAUACUCUGGAAUCUUAGUCAAGCUUGUGCAUGCAACAACCAAUUCCAAGAGACAAAACACAGGGGUGAUUGGAGGUGGAGGCACCGUCUUUCCACCCACCGACUUCCAGACCUCAGCAGGAACAAACUGCAAUCUCAUCACCGAUCUGGACUUUUGCGACGACGUGCAGUGGGCAGCCCCUGGGAACAACAAGUUUAACAACACGGAGCUGGGGAAUCUCUACGACGCGUAUGCCAAGCAGAUGUAUGCCAACUUUCAAAACGUGAUGAUGCAAAUUCCGUGCGAAGCGCCGUCUACGCAGCGAUAUUCAUUAGCGGUCAACUGCAACAACUGUACAGUGGCUUACAAACAAUGGCUCUGCGCCGUCGCCAUCCCCCGUUGUGAGGAUUUCACAAAGCAGAACAACUACACCAUUCCACGAAAUGUCGCCCAGUCCUUCCCCAAUGACGAGGUGAUUGCGCCGGGUCCCUACAAGGAAAUCUUGCCUUGCGCGGAUCUCUGCUAUGGGGUUGUCCAGGGAUGCCCAGCAGCGAUUGGCUUUGGGUGUCCCGAGGCUGGCAAGCUUGGAUUCAAUGUGAGCUACGGGCUACGAGACCCUAACGGCGGAGCGGUUACUUGCAAUUACCCAGGAGAGCCGAGAACUCAAGUCAGCGCAUCGGGAGUGAUCAAGCCUAGCCUAGUGCUCCUUGUUGCGGCUCUCGGUCUCGGUUCGGGUCUUUUGAUAUGA